GCCGUUGCCGUUGCCGUUGCCGUCGUGGUUUUCUUAAAUCCCCUAGUAUCUAGCCGACGGUAGUGAUUUGACUUUUCGUUUUAUACACACUAGCUAUAUAAGACUGGAAUGUAUACAAAGUAAAAUCAAAUCACUUGUGAGGGAUUUCAGUAAGUGCCGCUUAAAUCUCGGGAAAUUGAUGAAAAACGACCGAAAUCUUACGUGAUCAUCUCAGAUACUUAAAACUGACGAACACUCAAAUCUCGUGUCUCAGAAUAAAAAAAUUGACCUCGAUAUUUUCUGGUUUCUAUGUCGCUAAAAUCCUGAAACUUUUCCCAAGAUAUUGGCUACGUGACGUCUUGUCACUUUAUUAUCCUUAUUUUGUCAUCAGCUUUUCAGUUUCUAAGCAAUGAUUUAAUUUUUAUGAGUUCCUAGACAAAGGAGACUUAAUGAUCAAAGACGAAAUCGUUGUACUUAGCUCUCCUUUGAGCUUGGGGUAAUUAACUUCUUUUAAUAAGUUAGCAUGUAAAUAAGUUCAACUGGUUCGCUCUUUGUCACUGCGACAAUGGGAUCUGUCUUCAAGACAUUGUUCACAUCGUUAAAAGCAUAAAACUUCGUCUUGCUUGCUAAACCAGCCUUGAACUUGAAAGAAUCGAAAAGAUGGGACUUUGAUAUGUGAGCGACAACAUAACACGGCGCUAACAAAAUAACUCGGCUGUUUUAUUCAACUUGGGGAUUUGCAAAAAUGGCAGGAUCUUCCAACCAAAGGCAAGUCAACACCAGGGCAAUUUUUCGCAAAUAUGACAAAGAUACGGAUGGAUUUAUAAGUGUAAAAGACCUCAUUAAUGUCUUCAAAGAACUUGGCGAAGAAAUCAGCGAAGAAGAACUGAGAGAGCAUCUUCGAAACACAGGUUUGAAUCAUCGCCCCAACACAAUGGUACCUUUUGAGAGCUUCCAACGGCUUUCAAAACAAAUCCUUCGUGAAACGAAACGAGAGCGUCGGUUGAAAAGGGUCUUUCAAGAAUUCGACGUGGAGAAAAAGGGUUAUAUCGAAGCACAAGGAAUAAAAAGAGUUCUUCGCAGACUAAACAUCGAACAUACCGAGUCCGACAUCGAUUUAAUGAUCAAAAUGGCUGACACGAAGGGAGAUGAAAGAGUUGAUUUUGACGAGUUUAUUCAAAUUUUUAGCGAGUCAGAUUUUAUUUAGCAUUUCGUCCGUAACGAGCAAGGUUCUAGAAAUGUUUAUUAAACGAAUAACAGGUAUAGGCAAAAACGGGAAGCCGUUAUUAAUGAUGGGUAUUAACACAGAAAAGUUUAUUUAUUCUUCGAAACUCUGUGAAGUUCUUUAUAGUUGCAUUAAGCCGAAAAACAGCUCGAACGAUUCGGUAAGAUAAUGGAAAGAUUACAAAGAUAGAUUAAUCAUUAAUAACUACAUACUAAAGCGCAAUAUUGGUAAAAAGACUUAUGGAUUAUGUCUAUAAUAAAAAAACAAGCCAAAUGUAUAACAAGUAAUGUUAUUUAAAUUCGACAGAAAUUGAAGUUCUUUUAGUAACAUCCGAGAUAUAUCACUCAAACCUUAGAAGGAGCACUAAAAAUAUCGCCUGGUGAUGUUUUGAAAGCUUAAAAAGGUGGUUUUCCUCGACAAAUGUCACAAAGUAUAGCAAUUUUCUAUUACGCCAAGUCCGUCAAAAUUGGUGCUAAGAGUGGGUUAAUAUGACAAACAGUGUUCUACAGUUGUCUAUGGAGACUUGUCCAUCGCUGGUAGGCCUAUAUCUUCUGUUGCAGCUCAAUAUUUCACUAGAACACCUUGUUAAUGAACUUAAACCACCUGUUGUGAAAUUCACAGAAAUGCCAUACGAAACUGAUUAAUAAAUUAUGAUAAACAAUUUGUUUGACAAACAACGAACAUUUGACCUAAAAUUUGCGGUCACGGGGCUCUUAAAAACACCAAAACAAUCUAAGAUUUCUGUUCUUCUUUUAAAAAAUAGCAUUGAAUUAUAAGUUGCCUUUUCGGCUUCACUUUUUUAGAACCCUUUUAAGAUUUCCUGUGAUUCAAAUAAUAUUAUUUCCUGAGGAAUAAUAGAAGUUGUGUUACACCCACCGAGAUACACAACAGGAGCACUCGGACUGCAAUUUUGUAACUAUCGCAAACACAGCGAGAUUUUGUGUGACGUUGAGUGUCAAGCUAUCAUCAAACAAUCAUCACUUCAACCUUUACUUGUCUGACGAUGAAAGCCGAUAGUUCAAAGUUUCCGAUUGUGUCCGAAAUGUAAUCGAAUGUCUGUUUCAGUGAUGCUAAACAUGAAGCACCUGAUGCCUGGAAAAGAAGUUCGCUUGACCUCUGAGCCCGCGGUUUUUUUUUUAUGAACUUGCUGAACAAUAAGAUGACGUCAUGGUGAUGUCAGCAACGUUCGCACACCUCCUGAGUGCUCGGAGACUCAGCUUCUAACUUUUUAUCACUACGCCAAGAAACAAAACAUUUCCAAAGAUAUUUUCCAUGACAUUUUCUCUGACGUCUUACACAAAAAAGAAAUGGAAAUUUUACCAUUCUGACACGUGACUUUCUACGUCAAGCUAUCGAUUCUGUCCAGGUUCAACCUCCCUCCCAGGUUCCCCUCUCUUACUCGAGAAGAGAGAGGACCCUGGGAACGAGGUUGGUC